UAAUGUACGGCUAAGAGAGUGCGAUGUUACAUUGAUAUUGAAAGAUUAACAAUCUGGCAAAAUGAGAAAAGUUUUAUUCUUUUAGCAAACUUUGUCUUAGUUGCAUUCUUUUUGCUUGCCACAUGUAUGAUGUGGUAUUUUUUUUUCUUUUUCCCUACUUAUAAUACUAGACUUUCCUCUUGUUUUACACAUAAUUUUAAGUUUUAAACUGUAUGUUUAUAUACAUAACUGUGUGUCCAUUUUAUUGUUUAAUAGAAUUUUUACUGUUUUGUUUGUUUUGGGACGAAGAAGCGUCAUGUAUAUGGAUAUACCGUGAAAUAGUUAAUUAUUAUUACUAUUAUUGACUGCUAACCCAAAAUUACUUAUACGAAUUCUACAAAUAAAUAUUAUAUAUCUUCGUUAACUUUUCUUUUCCAAAUUCUUCUAUUUUGUCUAACUUUUUUUUAGUGUGAUAAAACAAAUGUCGGAUGAGACAAGCGAGUUUCCAUUUCGAGUAUGGCAGUUGUUUUGGUACAUAUGUAUACUUCUUGUUGGAGGUCUGGGAAAUAGUAUCGUGCUGAUUGUGAUUGCAAGGAGUAAAAAAAUACAGGGUUCCUCCUCUUUCAAUGUGUUCAUAUUCGCUCUUGCUUUAACAGAUCUUUUAAUUUCCUUGCUUGGUGUGCCCAACUAUAUUUUAUCUACAGCCAUUUUUUCACACCCAGUUGGCAAUCAUGGCGAUUUUACUUGCAAAUUCUUCACCGGCUACUUAUUUCCCUUCUGGUUGCUCGACGUGUCAGCUUUUUUACUUGUUGCCAUUAUGCUGGAUCGCAGGAGAGCAAUACUAAAUCCACUAUCAACCCUUCAUGGGUCGUCCUUAAUAGUAAAUUGUUUUACUGUACUUGGAAUAAUACUUCUUGCUUUUAUUGUGCAAUUGCCAACUGUGAUUGGUAUAAAAUACACUAACUCGCAUCCGACUGUUGGGAAUUUUUGUGUUUAUGAAUAUAAAUGGCUUGAAGUGGUUCUUAUAUAUGUUUUCGUGUUUUUCUUUGAAACUGUUUUACCCGUCAUUGUCAUGGUAACAUCGCUGCGACAAGUUCGUCAAAAGUUGUUGGCAACCGAUGACCUGUUGAAGAUGUCGAUGUAUGCGUAUCGAAACGAGCAGUUGUACAAGGAAAAGAAAAAAAUAAUCAUGUCCAAAAAAAUCAGAACUAUCGAGACCAUGAAAUUAGUUGUUCUCGCUUACUUUUUUUGCAUCGUUCCAAAUAGUGUGUUUUACAUGCUGUUUCAGUUCGCCAACGUUCGAACGCUUACGUGGAAUUCUAUUGGCUAUCAACUUGUUGUUUUGCUUCGAUUUUCGAAUAGUUGUGUCAAUCCUAUUCUCUAUAGUUUCCAUAGCAACGAAUUUCGUAAACAUUUUCGUCAAGUCUUCAAUUCAGUUGUGUUCACAAAAAAAACUAUCAAAAUUGAGUCAGUCAACGGGAGAAAGGUUUAUACUCCAUUACCCGAAAAUUCACCUUCACAUUCAUUGGCAAUAUGAUGAUUUAGCGGGACUAUUUUUUAUUGUGGGGUUUAGCUUGGGUUUGCAGUGCAAAAUAUAGAACAAAAAUGGGUUUUGUAUUAAUGUUUGAGUGACGUUGCAUUGGUAAGUGAAAUUCGCCAAAUUAUCCCAAAUUUUCUCAGUGUAAAUGGACUCUUAAGAGUUAAACAUAACCAUAGAAUUGACAUAAUAUUCGUUUUCUACUACCAGUUUGACAGUCAAAACAGUCCUAGCUUAUCAUUUAAGAGCUUUUGUCACCUAAUUUCAUAUGAGAAAAACAUUCACCCAUAUUUCUCCAUUUCAUGAAGGCUUGUAUUGAGACUCGACUGUGCAUUUUGUUGUGGGAAACUUUUUAUUUCUAAAUGUAUUAUUAAACUUUAUAUAUCCAUAAAAAGUCGGCAAGAGAAGAUUGUGUAUAGGUUCCCCCAAAGAUAGCGAAUGGGUACUUGUUUAUGUGAAUUGCAGACCCUUGCUUACACCCUAUCAAAUAGAUAAUAUCAAAUUUCGAAACAAAAAUGUGUAUAUUUUAUACAUAUAAUUUAUAUACCGUAUUUUGUAAGUUUUUAUAAAAUUUAUUUCUAUAUUAUAUUGGAUUUUAUCAAUUUCCUAAAAA